AGUCACAAGUUAGUACCCCAGCGCUCUUGGGGAUACCGAAUGUCGUUCUUCCCCAAGAGGAGCAACACCGACGAAACAUUUAUCGGGAUUCGAGCGAUGGCAAAUCUUCAUGCGGAUCGAUCAAACAAGGCGCGUAUAACACUUCGCUCCAUGUCAUGGCGCUAUUUCUCAUCUUAGUGCUAAGCACGCUGGCCUGUUCAUUCCCCAUCCUCGCUCGCCGGUUUCCGCGGCUUCCUAUUCCCCGGCGAUUUCUAUUCUUAUCAAGACACUUUGGGACGGGCGUGCUGAUUGCUACGGCUUUCGUUCAUUUACUCCCAACGGCAUUUGUUUCCUUAACCGAUCCAUGCCUUCCCCAAUUCUGGAGCGAGACUUACCGUGCCAUGCCUGGCUUUGUGGCCAUGAUCUCGGUCUUUGGCGUCGUUCUGGUGGAGAUGUUUUUUGCCAUGAAAGGCGCGGGCCAUGUCCAUGGAAGCGAGUAUGAUCAACUGAUUAGUGAAGCGAACGCCAAUGGCGAUCGCGAUUCAGACUACUCGAGGCUCGAGGCAAGUGAAUCAGUAGACGAUAUUCACCUUUCGGCAAUGCGUGAGAGCUCUGCGUCCAUGAACAUGCCAAGGAACUCAACAGAAGAAUCUAGCCUGGACAGGUCUUCAACGAAUUUUAUUAAGAAUGGCGCUCUUCCUGCACUUGGAGAAGGCAGGAAUCCGGUUGUUCGCGCCAACUUGAGUUCCCGCUAUCCAGCACAAGUCUCUUCUGGCCCUAACAUGGAUGACAAUACAGACCCCAAAAUGACGUUGCAAAACCCCCACCGUCAGCUCUUGCAAUGUCUCCUCCUUGAGGCUGGUAUACUUUUCCAUAGUAUCUUUAUCGGAAUGGCUGUCAGCGUUGCCACGGGCACCUCUUUCAUUGUUCUUCUAGUCGCCAUCUGCUUCCAUCAGACAUUUGAGGGUUUCGCUUUAGGCUCUCGGAUUGCGUCUCUAAUCCCGGAUCUCUUUCCUCCGUCAUCAAUGAAGCCAUGGCUAAUGUCCCUAGCCUAUGGGACUACAACCCCCAUCGGUCAAGCCAUUGGUCUAGUUCUUCAUAAUUUCUAUGACCCAGCCAGUGCUACUGGUCUUCUCAUGGUGGGAAUCACGAACGCGAUCAGCAGUGGACUAUUGCUAUUUGCCGGCUUGGUAGAGCUCUUGGCCGAGGAUUUCUUGAGUGAAGAAAGUUACGUGAUUCUACGGGGCCGGCGACGCUUGGAAGCGUGUAUAGCAGUUGCCGCUGGCGCUCUUUUAAUGGCAUUCGUUGGUGCAUUUGCUUAG